AACUCGUGGACAGCAACAUGAGCUCCCUAAAGUUACAGAAGAGGCUUGCCGCCUCGGUGAUGCGAUGUGGCAAGAAAAAAGUUUGGUUGGAUCCUAACGAAGUCAACGAGAUCGCCAAUACUAAUUCGCGCCAAAACAUCCGCAAACUCAUUAAGGAUGGUUUGAUCAUCAAGAAACCUGUCGCCGUACAUUCCAGAGCUAGAGUGCGCAAAAACACCGAAGCUAGAAGGAAGGGACGUCAUUGCGGUUUUGGUAAAAGGAAGGGUACUGCCAAUGCCCGUACUCCGCAAAAGGACUUGUGGGUCCAACGCAUGAGAGUCCUUCGUCGUCUCUUGAAAAAAUACCGUGAGACGAAAAAGAUCGACAGGCAUCUGUACCAUGCCCUCUACAUGAAGGCGAAGGGUAAUGUUUUCAAGAACAAGAGAGUCUUGAUGGAAUUCAUCCACAAAAAGAAGGCCGAGAAGCAGAGGUCCGAGAUGCUUUCUGACCAAGCCGAGGCUCGUCGUACGAAAGUGAGAGAAGCUCGCAAACGUAGGGAAGAGCGUAUUGCUGCAAAGAGGCAAGAGCUUCUUCAGUCGUACCAACGUGAAGAUGAAGCUGCCGCGGCGAAAAAGUAAUUUUUUACUGUUAAAUAAAGUGCAGAAAAUAUUUAAA